UACAUAAAAGCCUUAAUAACGCCUUCAACAACAACAAUUUCGACAAUAAUGGCCAAUAGUGAUAAUAAUAAUGGUAAUGAUAAACAAUAUCAAAAUUCUCGUCCAGAUUCCAACAAACAAUAUAAUCGAAAAUAUUGGCAACGAAGAAAAUAUUUAAACAAACAACGUCUACGGCCAGCCAAUAAUAAUAAUGUGAUGAUGAAGAAAAAACAACGACGACCAACAAAUAAUGAUAAACAACAACAACAAUGGCCAACAUUUGAAAUUGAAAUUAAUGAAGAAGAUGAUCGUUCAUUACCUAAACGUCUUUUACAGAUAACAUUAACGAAUGAUGAUAAUACAAACAUUAUUGAUCAUGAACAUUUUAUACGUUAUUUUCUUGAACCAUCCGAAGAUGAUGAAGAUGAUGAUAAUGACUAUGCGAAUUAUAUUGAUAAUUUUUCAAUCAAUCAUACAAAUGGUGAAAUAUUUUUAUUAAAAUCAUUAGAUUAUGAUUAUCCAAAUGGCCGUCCAACAUAUCGUUUAAAUGCAUAUGCACAAAAUAUACAAACAAAACAGAUGCUUAGUUGGGCAAAAAUUAUCAUCUAUUUACGUAAUAUUAAUGAUAAUAAACCAUUUUUUAUGGAAAAUAUUUACAAAGGAAAUAUUACCGAAAAUAAUUGGGCAAAUAUUUCAAUCAUACAGGUUUAUGCUAUUGAUUAUGAUAAUUAUUAUGAUGAUGAUACGGAUGAUGAUUCUGAUGAUAAUCAACUUGAAUAUUUUAUCGAAAAAAAUCAUUACAAUGAAAAUGGUCAACAAAUAUUUCGUAUUGAUUCGAAAUCUGGUUGGAUAAUAACAAAUGUUUGUUGUUUAGAUCGUGAACAAAUAGCAAACUAUACAAUUAUUGUUUCGGCUAUUGAUCCGGAUGGUUACAAGGCAAACGCAACCGUUCAAAUAACAGUAUUGGAUCAAAAUGAUUGUCGACCAAUGUUUGAAAAAAAUGAAUGGCAUAUUGAAUUGGAUGAAAAUGAUGAUCAAUUUGAUUCAUCAAUAAAAAAUUCAACAAAUUUAUUUCAAUCAAAAAUAUUGCUCAAAUUAUUUAUCAAUGAUAAUGAUCUGCCUGAAAGUAAUUCAUUUACAUUUAAAAUUUUACAAGAAAAAUGGUCAUCAAAACCAAUCAUAUUACAAAAUGAAAUGAAUUUCAAUGAUGAUCAAAAUGAUCAAUUCACUCAUUCGAAUAUUAGUGAUUAUUUUAUUAAUAAAAAAAUUUCAUUAAAAAAUGGACAAUUAUCUAUGAAUCAAACAACAGGAAUUUAUUCAACAAAUACCUGUGCCUUAUUAUUAUUAACACGAACAUUGGAUUAUGAAAAUCCAAGGCAACGAUUUAUUAUGCUUAAAAUUUUGGUCACUGAUAAUGUUGAUAGUGUUUAUGAUAAUAAUAAUGAUGGUAGUGAUAUAAACGUAAUUAAUGUCAAUGAAAAACAACGAAAACAACAACAACAACAAACAUAUAAUCAUCACGAAUACAACACGAAUGACAUUUUGAAUGAUCCAAAACAUAGUGAUAUUUGUUACAUUUAUAUAAAAAUUCGUGAUAUAAAUGAUAAUAAGCCAAAAUUUUUACAAAAUUUUCUAAAUAUUACUGUUGUUGAAACAUUACCGUUAGGAUCGAUUGUAGCAAAAUUUAUUGCCUAUGAUCCAGAUCGACUUUAUUAUAGUCUGGAUGAACAAACAAAUUGGCAAAAAUAUUUUCAAAUCGAUUCAGAUACCGGUAUUAUAAGACUUAAUCGUCAAUUAGAUCGUGAAACAAUUUCAUUACAUAUUGUUAAAAUUAUUGCAACCGAUUUGGAUUCAGAUCAACCAUUAAGUUCAACAGCAACAUUAGUUAUAAAUGUUGAUGAUAUUAAUGAUAAUGCACCAUUUAUAAUCAAUCAAACAUUACCAACAAUACAGGAAAAUGUUCAUCCAACACGUUUAGGUAAUAUUUAUGCUUAUGAUCGUGAUGAUUAUGCUAAAGGAAAUGGACCACCAUUUACAUUCGUAAUUGAUCCAAAUGCAUCGGAAAUUAUACGACAAAAAUUUCGUUUAGAAUCAAUUCAAAAUGGUGAUAAUAAUGAUGAUGGACAUGCUAUUUUAUAUAGUAGACAAACAUUUGAUCGUGAACAACAAAAACAAUAUCAAAUACCAAUUGUUGUCAAUGAUUCUGGUUAUCCAUCAUUAUCAUCAACAACAUUUAUAACAAUAACUAUUGGUGAUAUUAAUGAUAAUGAUAUGAAAGAUGGAUGGAAAAAUGUUCAUGUUUUUUAUAUUUCAUGA